GAUUUUAUUUACUUAAAAUAUUUAUGGGCCUCUUGAAUUUGAGUUUUUAUCUCCCGAAUGCAGAAGUCCUAUUAUCCAUCGUAGCCCAAGACCAGAAUGAUGCUUCGAAAGCACGAGUCCUUUGAAAACCAUCACGUAUAAGAGUGCGGUUACCCUUUGAGUUUGUGUUCUCAGUAGGAACAAAGUGACUGUGUGUUUGGGAAUGAAGAAAAAACCACAACUCAUCGAGUUUCAUAAGAGAAAAUUGAUGUAUUGAACCCGCUUGUGUGGUGAGCAGCAGUGCAGCAAAUAGACUGAGAAGAGCAUCAGCUGCUAAAGCUCUGAACGCAGCCUCUUGCUUUACCUUUUGUUGGUCUGGUGGUCGAGCAUGAAGUGAAAUUCAGACUUGAGUGCUGCAAUAAUCUAAUGGACGUGACAAUGACCCUUAAGAAUCGAUCGUCUCCCUCUCCCUCCUCCGCCCCCUUCAAGCGGGGCAGGUCAAAGGUUUUCUACGCCUCAGAGAACCCCUCGCUCCCCAAACUUUCCUCAAAAUAUUCUCUUUUCGAAACCUCUGAAAAAGAUUCAAAAAUGAUUGCAAAAAAAUGUAACAGAAAUCCUAAGAGCGACGUUCCUCCUUGGGGGCCGGUUUUAGACACCUGCAAAGAAGCGAACGAAGCCUCAAGCUCUGGGGACGAAACCAACUCCCCAACCAUCGGGGCCAUCCGUUCCCCCGUCGGUUCUCUUAGAAGUUCAAUAGGGGGCUCCCUAAGGGGAUCCCAAGACUCUGGAUAUUCUGAUUCCGGCGAAUCCAAUUGUGGAGGAUCACCAGAAAUCGACCCCGAAGAAUUCGCCCCGCGAGUGAAGCACAUUUCCCGCGUGUUCUUCGGUGACAGUUCUGGCUCUGGAAGAGCUCGCUUGUACUCAGACACAAUCGUACCGUCAAGCGGUUCUCUGUCACUACCUGUCAACUCUCGAAUUGCAUGUGACGGUAUCAGUAAUCUGCCACGAAGUCCUAAUCCAUCAUGUGUUCUCAGAGACCCAACGGACGCACAUAAAUGUCUACGAUCAAGCCCCACUUCAGUGUGUGAUUUCGACGAACCUCAAGACGAAAUGGAGUGUAAAAGUUUGCUGGACUUAUCCACAAACUCCUACGACGAACAAGCUAGCAGGAAGACUGGAGCUAUAAGGAAAUCGUCGUAUGUAAGCUGUCAUAGGAAGGGCCCGCGCCGAUCCACAAGUGCCGACAAAUUGCUAGAUGAUCUCAAACCUCGACGACCAUGUAUCUUGAAGGCGCGUCGUCGGUGGUCGACUGUGGACGUUAAACACACAAGUGCUCAGUGCAGCGGUCCUCAAUCUCUGCCCUUUAUGACGGAUUGCCACGACGGCGAACACCGGCCACUUCUGAACCAUCUCGACCUCGAGCAAGAGGCACCGCUUAAACCGAUCCUGACUGAUCCUUGUGGCUUCCCAGGACCUGCCAAGAAGAACACCAAGCGGUUCAGGAUCCAUCCGACUGCUUUGGCAGCAGAGAUGAAGAACGGAUCUCUGAGCCAGUGGCUGGUGGAGGUACGCUGCAGAGCAGAGACCGAGUGCAUGAACACCCUGCAGAGCAAGAGCCUCGCUGCAGACCCUCCAGCCUUCCCUCUCUCUGCCCUCGACGCCGUCAGGAGCGUGCAGAGGAGAGCACACACCGUGUCUACUGAGUUUGCCAGACUCUGCCAACGCCUGGAGGUGCGGCACUACGAGCGGCUACCCGCGCUGUCGCGCUCGCUGGUCGGCCACAUCAAUGCCUUCCUCAGGGAGCCUCCAGGGCCCUCGGCCGGCGCCGCGGGACCCAAGUCCGCGGUCUGCCGUCAAAUAGAAGUGGUACGGCAAAUCUGCCAUCGCUUAAUGGAAAUAACUACAGCCAAUCCCAGCGACUUCACAUCCUCGGAAGACCAGUUCAAUUCACAUCAUAAUUAUAAUGAAGAUGUAGCUCACUACCAUUCAAAAUCAAGCAACUGUUUUGAAGAAUCCAAUAGAGAGUCUCACAAUACAAGAAUAACAGCAGGUCAGGUUGAAGCAACGUCACAAGAAUCUAAUGAUGUACUGUCCCAUAAUAUCGGCGUAACACAGUCUCACGCAGAAGAAUCUUCGUUUGGAGUCUCCAAGUCCCAUUGUGUUACUGAAGAAUCUCUGCAACGCGUUACUGUUACACAAUGUAACUUGGAAGAGGAUCAAGACUCCACAAAAGGCCAGUGUGACUUGAACAUAUCAGCACAAGAUGACCUCAGUGUGUUAUCUGAACCGAACAAAUCGUGCGAAGUUUCCCUCGAAAAAUGUGACACAAAAGCAAAGUCGCAAAAUAUUGCAAUGUGUGACGAACAUGUAACCUCAUCAGCAGAGAAUGUCACAAACGUAUCGACGCACGACGGAUUAAGAACUAAUUGCGAAUCACAAGAAAAGUUACAAAGCUCUUCGGGUGUGCAGUGUCAUUCGAAACGAACGUCAAAAGCGGUCAAAGAAACCGCGCAAGUUGUUACCGCCCUCGGCCACGCAUUCACUAAACUCGUCGAUAUUUUACUCAGUGUUGAGAUCAAGGCCGUGAUCAGCAGCCUAGAGAGCGACUCAUCGUCCCGCGACGAGGUUCGCUCAGCUCUUCGUCAGCUGACGUCGCUGGGGGUGGACGGAGGGCACGUGUGCCGUCUCAUCGCCCGUCUGGGGGGCGUACGGGCGCUGCUUGCCCUCUGUGUGGAGCCUGGCGCCCGUGCCCUCAGGGUCGCCGCCCUCAGAGCCCUCGCCACUGUCUGCUGCGUCGUCGACGGCAUCGCGCACCUGGAGAAGGCAGGAGGCAUGGAGGUGAUAGUAGAGGUGCUGUGUGACGAGGGCGCUGCAGAGGACGAGCGCAGUGAAGCGGCGGCGGUGCUCGCACAGAUCACCUCGCCCUGGGUCGACCAGAACCACGGCAUCGUCUCCCUCGCCCGGCACGUCGCGCCCCUCGUCACGGCCCUUACUGAUCUGAUCAGAGCGACGCAGUCUGCGGAGAUCUUCCUGCUGGGCAGCGCUGCGCUCGCCAACCUCACGUUCCUGGCGGACGACGGGCUCGUGGCCGCCAUGUUGGCCGCCGACACGCCAUCCGUCCUCCUGCAGGCCGCCAACACGUCUCAUGGCCUGUCCGUCUUCACUAAAGAUCAGAUAGCGACGGUGGUGAGCAGCGUGUGCAGCAGCAGUGCAGGCGCUGCAGCCGUCGUGGCAGGAGGUGGGAUAACAACCCUCCUGCAGCUCCUGCACACCCCCCCACCCCCACACCCCGCCAGGAUGCCUGAGAUCACCGCCACUGAGCGCGUGCAGCAGAAGGCAGCCAUCGCCAUCUCCAGACUGUGCAGCGAUGCAGAGUGCGCUGCAGAGGUGCUACAGGACGGCGGAGGGGCGCGUCUCGUGAGGCUCUGCAGAGACGAGGCAGAGCGCAACCACAGCGACGCCGUCCUCGUCGCUUGUCUCGCCGCCCUUCGCAAGAUCGCUUCUUCGUGUGAGAAGGAAAAACUUCGCGACAUCGGAGCCGCCGAACUCGUCGAGCCUCGCUUGCUGGACUCUUUCCUCACAUUCUCUUCCAGACAGGAAAGCUACGUGUGAUUUGGAAUCAGUCAAGCUUCAACUUUACAUAAACUUGAUUUGCUUUACAUUAAAAAACGUGUAUUAAACUGAAAGAUUGAAAUGUUUAUACUCGUGAAAAAAUAAACGACACCGUCACGAAUACGUCUUUACUUGCGCUGCCAUCCCGUAAGUCUUCAUUUAAAUUAACUCGACGAUAUUCACACAUCGGAAUCAUAUUUGAUGAAGUAUUUAAUUACCGGUUUAAUUUUGAUUUCGGUCGGGCAUCGACUUUCUAUCCUAAAGUUUGAUAUGCUCUCAGAAUACGUUAGCCUAUGUGACUGUAACACCAUUUUCGUCACUCUAUUUUUGCAUCAUCAUCCCACCGAAUAUAUUUUACACAAACUCUUGAUUUCUUCAGGAACUCGAUUUCUACCGGUACUCGUUAGCGAUCGUCUUCUUUCCUGUCAGCUUCUGAUUGUUGCCGUUUGUGCAUGUCAUGUUUCCCUGUAUGCUAAUUUUUAUGUUUUAGUAUGUCCUCGUAGCCAAAAGUGAUAUUUUUAGACGACUCCUUUAGUGCGCACAUGGAUAAAUUUAAUUAUUUAUGUACGGUGAACUUGUACGAAUGAUUGAACA